AUGCCUCUGGCCGACAUACUCCUUGAGAUCUGGCAGGAAACCUUUCUUGCCAUUGGAUACAUCGGUCUCAUCCUGAUCAUCUUCGAAGGCGGUCUCACGUCGCGUAUGGACCUGCUCAAGCAAAACUUCUUUCUCAGCAUGCUCGCCGCAACCACAGGCGUUCUGUUCCCCAUUGGCUUUUCUUAUCUGCUUCUCUACCUCGGAUUUGGAUAUGGCGCUGUAGAAACCUUCAUCAUCGGUGCUGCUCUGUCAACUACCAGUCUUGGAACCACAUUCGCAGUCAUAGGAGGUGCAAGCAAAGACAUUGAUUUGUCUCAAACACGUGUCGGCACUGUACUCGUCAGCGCAGCCGUGAUUGACGAUGUAUCCGGUCUUGUCAUGUCCAGCGUCAUCCAUGAUCUCGGUUCCAUUUCUGGAGGUGCAAACGUCAAUCUUGGAUGGCUCAUAGGCAGACCGAUACUCGCAUCUAUUCUCAUGGCCGCCUUGACUCCAUUGAUCUGCAAAUACGUUUGUGCGCCGCUUUUCCGCCGACACAUCGAACACCACUUUGCACGAUUCGACCAUCUGUCCAAUGUCGUCCUCAUGGUCCUGGUUCUCUGCGCUUUCAUCUCAAUCGCCGCAUAUGCAGGCACUAGUGUGCUCUUCGGCGCUUUCCUUGCAGGAUCAUUCCUUACGUAUCUUCCCUCGAAGCAUCCUGAAGGCCCUUUUGUUGUGUAUUCGCGUGAACAUGGCGAACAGAACGACGACAAGAGCCCUACCUUCGUCCAUACAUUUGAGAAAUAUUUUUCGGAUGUACAAAAGUAUCUCAUGGAGCCCCUGUUCUUUGCAAGUAUCGGAUUUGCCAUUCCAUUCAUUGAUCUUUGGACUGGUUCAGCCAUCUGGCACGGCGUCAUUGUCGGCAUCUGGAUCCCCCUAUGGGACUCAUUUGCCAAACCCAAAGCCGAUGCUUCUCGACCGCCGCUGUCUUCAGCCCUCCCUUCCGCCGGACUCCUUGGAUUCGCCAUGGUCGCUCGUGGUGAGAUUGGAUUGCUCAUCGUCGAGAUUGGGUACAACUCAACCCCGUAUGUGAGCGACGCAGGUUUCUACACUGCCGUCUGGGCAAUUCUGCUCAAUACCAUCAUAGGUCCGAUGGUUGUCGGGCUUCUCAUCAAGUUCCGAGGUAAGGCCAUCGGGAAUGGUCAUUGGGGUAUCCAGACGACUCGGGGCGGUGGCGGUGACGAAAAGUUGCGGUCGAGCUCCGGCGACCAGACCUUGGAGGAGGGUUGA